GGAAGCCCCCCGCAGUAUUUCACCUCGCGCGAUGUAAAGGUGCAAGUCAUGCUGACAAGUGUAACGCGUGCUUAGCGUGGAUUGUUGUGUGUGAAUUGAGUUUGCAUAGCGCGGAAUUUCCGCUAAUUGCCGAAAAAAUGCGCGCCGAUCAUAACUCAAGCAGACGUGAGUGGCAACACAAGUGGCAACUUUAAAACUAACAAACGUGAUAAUUUAAAACAAACUUUGGCGACUUAAACAUCUUUGGAAAAAUGUUGUGUCAUGUCUAGCAUCUUAUUGUCAUGUUAGUGAAGUGUGAUCGAGUGCGAUUGCGUUUUUAACUUGUUUCUAGAGUGUUUAACUAAGAUGGUUAUGAGAAUCUUACCAUUUCCGCAUCGGAUCGAUCCGUUCGAUGUGUUAAUGGACGGUGAAGAAGAUGUCAGUUAUUAUUGCACGAAUCUCUGGGAGACGAUGCAUAAGAAGCCGCCGCCACAUGAGAUGACGCGACAGGCGUCCGGGUGUAACUCUGACCUGGGUGAUAUGUGCUUCAUGAUGGUGGAGUAUAUCAAAGAUGCCAUGAAGGCUAUGGAUAUGAUGCGAGGACAUCAUAUGCUCACCGAUGUAGUGUUGCAAGUGGAGAGCGAAUUAUUUCACGCGCAUCGCGUGAUUCUAGCCGCAGCUAGUCCGUAUUUCAAAGCGAUGUUCACCGGCGGGCUGCGUGAGUCCGACAUGGACAGGGUGACGCUGCAGGGCGUCUCGCCGACGGCGAUGGGUCGUCUCAUUCACUUCAUGUACACGGGACGUAUUCGCGUCACGGAGAAUACUGUAUGUCAGUUAUUGCCUGCUGCCACCAUGUUUCAGGUGACGAAUGUGAUUCAAGCAUGCUGUGAUUUCCUCGAACGGCAACUUGAUCCGAGCAAUGCAAUUGGUAUUGCAAAUUUUGCCGAACAGCAUGGGUGCAAUGAGUUGUGCAAAAAGGCCAAUCAAUAUAUUGAACGCCAUUUUAUUCAAAUAUGCCAAGAAGAAGAAUUUCUGCAACUUAGUGCUAUACAAUUAAUCACACUGAUUAAAAAAGACGAACUCAACGUACAGGAUGAGAUGGAAGUGUAUGGGGCGGUACUGAAGUGGGUGAAAUUUGACGAAGAGAAACGGCGGAAGCGCAUGGAGGCGAUUCUCAGCGCCGUGCGCUGUCAGUUCCUGACGCCGCGAUUUCUUAAUGACCAGAUGACUAAUUGCGACGUGCUGCGGAAGACGCCCGCAUGUCGCGAGUACCUCGCGCGUAUAUUUAAGGACCUAACGCUGCAUAAACGCACUGUAGUGAAAGAGCGUACGCCAAACACACCGAGGAUUAUUUAUAUCGCUGGCGGGUAUUUUCGACAGUCGCUGAAUGUUAUGGAAGGAUACAAUGUGGACGAUAAGACGUGGCAUCAGCUGGAUCAGCUUACAGUGGCGAGAAGUGGGUUAGGUGGUGCCUUUUUACGCGGUAAUUUUUAUGCAGUUGGUGGGCGUAAUACUACACCAGGCAAUAGCUACGACAGUGACUGGGUGGAUAAGUAUAAUCCGACGAGGGAUCAGUGGCGUGCGUGUAGUCCAAUGUCAAUGCCACGAAAUCGUGUAGGGGUUGCGGUAAUGGACGGUCUGUUGUACGCUGUAGGCGGGAGUGAAGGUACAAAAUAUCACAAUAGUGUCGAAUGUUAUGAUCCUGAUUUUGAUCGUUGGUCUACAAUCCAACCGAUGCAUUUCAAACGCCUCGCAGUUGGCUGUGCAGUAGUGAAUCGCCUUCUCUACGCAAUCGGAGGUUUUGACGGUGAAAUGCGCCACAAUACAGUAGAAUGUUACCAUCCUGAAAAUGACGCCUGGACAAUGGUGCGACCAAUGCACACGAUGCGCAGCGGCGCGGGCGUGGCCGUCAUCAAUCAAUUCAUCUAUGUGAUUGGCGGUUAUGAUGGCUCCAAGCAGCUCAGCACUGUCGAACGUUACGACACUGAGAAAGACCUGUGGGAGUUUGUGAGCAGCAUUCGGAUAGCGCGUUCGGCGCUCAGCGUCACUGUGCUUGACUGUAAGAUAUACGCGAUGGGUGGUUACGACGGGCAGAACUUUCUGGCCACCGUUGAGGUGUACGAUCCUGCGACUGACACUUGGGUGGACGGGGAUCCGCUCACUUCGGGACGCUCUGGUCAUGCAAGCGCUGUGUGUUAUCAGCCUUGCAUGCAAAACUGUUCAAUGGGACCCGAGGUGGCGAAUGUAGCAAACGUCAAUAACAGAUCGCCAGCAGGUAACGCCAGCGUUAGGGCGUUACUUACUGGCGCUAACGCACACUCCUCGCUACGCUGACGUUUUGCUACGAUUGCAGAUAUAUUCGUUGAUUUACUAGAGCAUUCGAGCUGAAUGUUUAUGCGAAAGCGCCGAAAAUAAUUCCAAAUCAUUCCAAAAAUUGUACAAAAUUUCAACAAAAACGCGCUGCAUUUAAACCUAAACAAAUCGGAUGGACAAAAUUGAGUACAAAUAUUAUGAUUUAUAAAAAAAUUGGUAGUAUUUUAACGAAAACAAUGUAAAAUGCAUUUAUUAACUACAAACUCAUGACAGUUUGAAAUUACCGUAAUGUAAAAACAGCAAAGAAAGAGAUUGAUGUGAAGAUUUGCAAAUCUCAUGAUAAUAUUUCAUUGAUAAGUAAUAUUUAAGAACGUUUCGAACUAUAAACGAGUAUAAUAUUUAUACUUCUAGUCAUUGUACCAUUAAUGCGCAUCUGAAUGCCAAUGUCUAAACUGUUAUUUUUGUCAUUUGAUUAUUGAAAUAAGUCACAUACUAUUUUCACAAAAAUAUUUACAUUUUCAAGUA